AAUAAAAAGAAAAAUGGAAACACCAAUAGUUUUGGAUUUUGGGUCACAAACGUGUCGUGUAGGAAAUGCCGGAGAAUCUAUGCCAACAAAUAUUUUUCCAUCAUACGUUGGAAUUCCGAGGGAAAAGUCACAACUAAAACCUGACUUUUAUGUGGGAAAAAUCUUAAAGGAACAAAAACGAGAAUUUCAAAUCAAAUCACCAAUCAAAAAUGGAACGAUUGAAGACAUUUCAAUGGCUAGUGCAUUAUUUAAAAAUGCAUUAGAUGAAUGUCAAGGAUAUGGAAAACCUAUAUUAUUUACUGAACCUGCACUAAAUCCAAAACAAAUUCGAGAAAAAACAAUACAAUUAUUAUUUGAAAGAUUUAAAGUACCAUCUGUAUAUUUUUCGAUUCAACCAAUUCUUUCUUUAUUUGCAUCAGAAAAGACAGACGGAUUAGUUAUUGAUUCAGGUGCUGAUAUUACACAAAUUAUACCAAUUUAUGAAGGAUAUGUUAUUUCAUCAUGUGUUCAUAAACAAUAUGUUGCAGGAAAUGAUUUAUUAGAAUAUCUUGUUUCCACAAUUAGUGAAAAAAGAGAUGUUAAUCUUUCUACAGCAGCAGCAAAAGAAGUACUUGAAAAUCAAGUUAAAAAAGAUUGUCUUGUAGCAUUAGAUUUAAUGGAUGUAGUACGAUUAUCAUCAGACCCAGAUUUAUUACGUACAUACACUUUACCAGAUGGAACAGAAUUUUCAAUUGAAGAAGAACGAUUUUUAUGUCCAGAAAUUUUGUUUAGACCAGAAUUAUUUAUUAGUGAUGAUGUUUUAGCAAAAGGAUUAGAUGUUGCAUGUUAUGAUUGUGUAAUGAAAUGUGAUAUUGAUGUUAGACGUUGUUUAUUUAAUAAUAUUUUAUGUGCUGGUGGUAAUACUCUUUAUCCUGGAUUUGCUGAACGUCUUGCUUCAGGUGUACAAAAAUUAUGUAAUGACUCAAUUGAAGUUGGUAUUGAAGCACCAGCAGAUAGACAAUAUUCAUCUUGGAUUGGUGGUUCAAUAUUUGCUUCUAUUUCAGAAUUUAAUCAAUUAGCUAUCAAUUCAUUUGAAUAUGAUGAAUUUGGUGCACAAAUAAUAAAUAAAAAAUGCAAAAUAAGUUGGGAUUAA